AUGACUUCUCUACUUGCUGCGACAUUUGACUGUCCUAAUACUAGGAAGAAUAAACGCGAUUAUGCGGCGCUUAAUAAGUAUGGCCUUCUUGCAGAAGACAUACCACUUCCGCCUCCUCGAAAGAAGACGGCGGUCCGGUCCGCCCUUAAGUCGCUGACUCCUCCGAUUUCAACGCCUCCUACGGCUCCAAGCAAUAUUUCUACGAGUUUAUCGAACCUUGAUACGGACAUACGCCCUUCGCAAUCAAUAUCUCAGGUCGAAUGCUCGGUAGAGAGGGUCGAAAUCAAGCAGACAGAUGAGACUAGAUCGAAAGAGCGGAGCUGGGUUUGGAAAUACUACCUUACGACACCUGAAUCUGGUACAUGGAGAUUAGGAAAUAAGGAGCGGUCCGAGCUUAAACACCUGUGUAUUGUAUCGCCAUCCACCUGCCGAUUCUUUCGAUUUGCGUCGAAACUACGAUCUUCAACCACAGCGUUGAAACAACACCUGCAGCAUACCCACAAGCUCUUCCAGGACGGCCAUUCAGAGUGCCAAGGAUCGUUAAGCUCAUGGAUUUCCAAGGAAAAGAAGCUCCCAUUCGAAGAAGCUGUCUUAAAUUGGAUUGUAUCAACCUGCCAACCAUUUACAUGCGUCGAACAGCCUUCAUUCAAGGCUAUGUUGAGGUCUGCCGGAUUCCAGGACUCCGUACCAAGUGCGGAUACUGUGUCGCGCCGAUUAUGUCUUCGGCUUGAUGCUCUUGACAGUGAACUUCGAAUCUUGAUGUCUUCAGCAUCCUCCAUCGCGCUAUCUCUGGAUGGUUGGACAAGUCAGAAUUCAUUGCCAAUGCUGGCAAUUAAUGCCCACUGGAUGUCUUCUACUUUCCAGCAAUAUCGAGCUUGUAUUGAGUUCGUUGAAAUCGAAGGCAGCCACUCUGGGGAGAACCUUGCUAAUAUCGUUGCGACGGUUCUCGAGAGGUUUCAUAUAUCUGAUAAAGUUAUGACGAUUACAGCUGACAACGCGUCUAAUAACGAUACUUUACACCGAUAUCUUUACCAAAAGCUGUCUCGGCGGUACGAUGAGUACCUCGCCGAGACCAUUAUCCGAGAAGGGACGAUGAAAUUUACCCACAACUCCCAAAUUCGCUGCUUUGCUCACAUCUUGAACUUGGUUAUGAAAACCAUAUUGAGGUCUCUACGCGCUAGUUCACAUAAGGAAGCCUUCGAUCUCCUUGAUGAUGUUGCUAAAAGGAGCUGGAAGACGGUCAACGCUCCUACUUCGCCGAUCGCAAAGCUUCGACUAAUUGUCCUUUGGAUUGUGCGAUCCCCUCAGCGAAUACAGAAGUGGGAUAAUCGACCUGGCUGUACAAAAGCUAUCAACUACGAUGUUGAUACUCGUUGGAACUCUACCUUUGUUAUGAUUGUGAGAGCUGAAGAGUGUCGCCGGCAGCUCGAAGAUACGAUCAAUGAUGACCCAGAUAUUGAAGCCUUGCGUCUCACACCUAACGACUGGAGACAGCUCUCGGAUAUCAAGAAAGUUCUGGCUCCCUUCAACGAAUAUACCGAGUACGUCUCUCGAGAUAGCCCAUCAAUCCAUAUGGCAGCGCGUAUGUUUGCAGAGCUCCGCUCUAUACUCCUCGCUAUCAAAGAACGCCGAGGCGAGUGGCAGAAGGUCUCACCAGCAAUAACCGUUCCUGUGUCCGAUGGAAUUACCCUCCUGGAUAAGUAUCAUGACUGCGUCAAAGACAACGACAUAUACUAUAUCGCAAGUGUUCUGGAUCCGCGAAUUAAGACCAAGUGGCUCAAAACGUUACCAGAUGGAGAGAGGAUCGAUCAUUGGCCGAAUCCGGGCGUUUCUGGAGAAAGCGUAUUCCACCCCAAAACAGCCAAUAUUGACUACUACAAGCACCAAUUGGAAGAGCUUCGAAUAUCGAUUUCUGGAAGCCUUUCAGCCUACACAGGCUAA